AUGGCUCCUAGAGCGUAAGGGGAUGCUCAAACCUUGAAGCCUGACUGCUCGGAAGUAGGGAAGGAUGCUAGCGGCACAGAGAACAAUCAGAUGGACACAUACAAGCGUCGAUUUCCCACGCCUCACCAGAUUCACUCUGCAGGCACCCAAAAGUGUAGAGGUGGAAUAUGCCAAUGGUAGCAAGUUUAAUCUGUCAUCUGAAUUUUUGAGAAUACAUAGUCCAGCUGUUGAUGGGAAAGUUAGGUCAAUUGGAGGCGAGAAGGUGAUUUUUGGGCGGCGGCAUGUGGGUGUCAUGUCUGCAGAACCUGUAGGAAACUAUGGGUUAAGGAUAGUAUUUGAUGAUUUGCAUAAAACUGGGAUCUAUACAUGGGAUUAUUUUUAUCAUCUUGGUAGCAAUAAGUUUACCCUGAUGAGAAAUUAUAUCAAAACACUAAGGAAGCAUGGACUCAGCCGGGAUCCACCUAAAAGAAAAUGAUGGAGACUUGAUUUUGAUCAUCCCAGUUGAUUCCUUAAUCCAUGUUGGGUGAUGAUCACAAAGCUGACUCAAAGUUGGUUAAAGAUUUCCUUCAUACACCUGGCGCUGAAGUUCUAAUAUCAUCCAGGAUUUAAAGCCAUGGAAGCAUUGUUUAUGGAAGAUCAGUAAGGGUCUGGAAAUGAAAUACAACUCUUUUACUCAUUUUGAAGUUUUAUGCUUUUAAGCCAAUUUUUCUGGCCAAAUGCUAACUUUUAAUUUGGUUGUCUGCUUGAAAUUUUUACACUCUCUUGUUGAACAGAAAAUCAAUCAGAAAAAAGUACAAAUGAUUGUUAUUUUUCA